AUGGAUUCCAACCAGACGGAGGUUGAUACCACUUGGCAUAUUUAUGUUGGAACUAUUGCUACCAUUAUUCCUGCGACUAUUGCAGUCUCUUUGAGAUUCGCUGCGAGAUAUGUCUCUAGUGCUGGAUUCUGGUGGGAUGAUUAUACUAUUGCGCUGUCGUUGGUCGUCAACUGGGUUAUGGCAGCUUUGAGAUGGGCACAGAUUUCACUAGAAUAUUAUGGCCCCGAUGGUCAUGCCCUGAAUCCAGAAAAAGUCCAAGGGUUUGGAAAGCUUUUCAUGGGGAUCCAAUUGAUCUAUAUCCUCAAUGCCGGUCUCACCAAAACUUCUCUUCUACUUCUAUACCACCGUAUCUUUGGAGUAGUUCGAGGCUUUCGCUGGGCUCUUUGGGCGGCUGGUGCCAUUGUGAUUGCAUGGUGCAUCGCUAACACCCUCGGUGUGAUUUUCGGAUGCUGGCCUAUUUCCAAACUCUGGGAUCCUAGCCUACCAGGGAGAUGCAUUAAUAUUGGGGCAUUCGGACGCUGGACUGGCGUUGCCAACCUCCUUAUCGAUGUCUUGAUUCUUUGCCUCCCUUAUCCCAUGGCGUGGAGAUUGCAGACUAGCGUGCGGCAAAAGGUUAUUCUGAGUGGUAUGUUUCUGAUGGGAACUUUGUGGCUAUCUGGUAGCUUAAAGAAAGAUGCGAAGAAUAGAGACAGUGCUUUGUCGGAUUUCCCAAAGCAAGCUCCUCUAUCUCGCCGGGCGGCACUUGUGGAUGAAGAAAACGCGUGGGGACUUGAGGAUCCUCCUGUGCAAGAGGAGAUUGAGGAGAUUGCUGAGAACCGUGACGGACAGGAUAGACCAUUGUCACAGCAGACUACGGACACCACUACUUCUCAAGACUCUCUACGAGGUCAGCCUGAAGCUCGGCCCGAGUCUUUUGCUUAG